CAUGGAUGUGCAACAACAGAUAAACAUGAAGAGUGUGUUAAAAGAACUGGUUUGUGGGAAAGCACUUUUCCUCAUUGUUGUGCUGGGGUUUGGUGGAACAUUUCAGACUGGAUUCAAUCUCACCGUGAUCAGCUCUACAUCUCCAUACAUUCAGAGCUUUAUCAACAGUAGCUGGACAUAUCGCUAUGGGGAACAUCCAGGAGAGAAGACUGUGACCCUUAUCUGGUCUGCUGUGGUUUCUCUCUUUGCUGUUGGAGCACUUGCGGGCUCCAUGACUGUCAGAUGUGUAACUAGUAACCUGGGAAGAAAAACAGCCAUGCUCUUCAACAGUGGGUUAGCAGUUGUGUUUACAAUAUUCAUGUACAUAAGCAGACCCACAAACUCAUUUGAACUUCUCAUGUUAUCACGCUUCCUGUUUGGAUUUACAUCAGGGUUAGGUGGAAACAUUCAAACGCUCUAUCUCGGAGAGAGUUCACCCCAAAAAAUAAGAGGAAUGGUGGUACUCACAACUGCUACAUUUCUGUUCUUCGGUAAAUUAUCAGGACAAUUUGCUAGUAUGACAUCUUGUUCCUUGUUUAGGGAAAUUCUUGGUCGUGAGGAAUGGUGGAACAUUCUGCUGUGUGUCCCAACAUGUUUCUGUGCAAUUCAGAUGAUAAUCCUGCCGUUCCUUCCCGAUGCGCCCCGAUAUAUUCUAAUAGAGAAAGGAAAGAUAGAAGAGUGCAGAACAGCACUGCAGUUUCUGUGGGGACCAGGAGAUUAUAAACUGGAGAUUGAGGAGAUGUUAGCCGAGCAGGCGGUCAUUCAAGGGGAAAACAGUAAGAGUCUGCUGGAUAUGCUGCGGGUCAAACAUCUGCGCUGGCAGGUCCUUUCUCUGCUGGUCAUAUGUGGAAGCAUUCAGUUUUGUGGGAUCACUGCUAUCACUGUCUUCUCUUUCAACAUCUUUUUGGAAGCCGGUAUUCCAGUAGAUAAGAUUCGUCAUGUCACAUUGGGCAUAGGCACCUCUGAAGUUUUCUCCUCUAUAAUCAGUAGCUUCCUCAUUGAGAGUGUGGGGAGAAGGGUUUUGUUGUGGAUUGGGUUUGGAGGGAUGUCAGUCAUCAUGGCAUUAAUCACUGUUACUCUUUACCUGAAGGACUCAAGCUUUGUAAUUCCAUACAUCACAGUUUUCCUUGUUUUUCUUUUUAACAUUUUCUACGCAGGAGGACCAGCUGCAGUAGCCCAUCCCAUCACCAGUGAGAUUUUCAUCCAGUCAUACCGUCCAGCUGCAUUUAUGUUAACUGGGAUCCUGUGCUGGCUGGGUGUCGCCAUAUUUGGAUUUAUGUUUCCAUUCCUAAAUGCUGCCCUGAAAUCCCUGAGCUUUGUUCUCUUCUCCUGCGUUUGUCUGAUAGCUGCUCUCUUCGUCUUCUUCAUCCUUCCUGAAACAAAAGGCAAAACUCCUCUAGAGAUUUCCCAAGAGUUUAAGAACAUUCGAGUCUGUGGAUCCUCAGAAGAUGAGGUCUUAGAGAUAAAGCUGUGAAACUCUGGAUUACUCUGCACAUCUACAGUAUUUCAUUAUGGAUGGAUAUGAACAUGAAAGGAGAAUAUCACCUAUUUAUAUUUUACAAAGGAAACACAUGUGACUGUUUAUAUUCUUGUAUAUUUGUGUAUCUACAUUUGUAUAGCCUACUGAAUUAAUAAAUUAUGGGUAUGAAUUAUUCA